UGAAAAAAUAUUAAACAAUUUCUUGUUUUUUCUCGGUGACCAAGAAAUUUCGUGGGUAUUUCUUGUUUGUUUAAUUUGAGCUAUAAAGACGCAGCUAGGAGAGUAAAUUCAUCUGCAGUUGUAGAGCUAAAGAAGCAUAGUGGAGAAUGGUGGAUGCUGCGACGACAUUCAUACUGGAUAUGGUGAAGGAACUGGUGGUGGAGCAGAUAGAUCUGAUAUCGGGGGCGGAGAAGGAGCUGAAGCAGGUGCAGAGCGAGCUGGAGCUGAUGAAUGCGUUCUUGAUGGAGUACGCGGCGAAGCAGGAGAAGGGUGAGGUGUUCAUACAUUUUGAGAGGCAGAUCAUGGAGGCUGUCUACAAGGCCGAGGACACCAUCGACGCCUGCCUCACCCACAAGGCCAAAUCCGGCGGCGGCGGCGUUCUCAACCUCAAGCAUCAUCUUGACUUGGCCAAGAAGGUCAAGGAACUUAGGCUGCAGCUCCAGCCUAUAUUCGAUCGAACCAUUCAGGCCUUCAACGCAUCUGCUGAACCCCAAGGAACAUCAGAUGAUAAUAAGUUCAAAAAGUUCGAAAAAUUAACAUUCUCUGUUAUCGGAGUUUUGCUCCUCGGUUCGGUGCGGUUCAUCUACCUCCAUUCCCGAAAAAAUGUCAAGGAUUAAAACCGAAACGAAGAAGAAAAAUAACUCAGUGGUAUAUAUGCAGACAUUCGCGGCCGAGGAAGACACUCUAAUCAAGUAUUUGAAUGGAAAAAACAGAGCAACUUGGUGUUAUCUCCAUCGUGGAAAUUGGAUAAUUAAUUGAAAUUGUGAGUGUAAUAAUUUUGAGUUUUGUUAAAAGGAUAAUUCUAUUCAUGGA